GCAAAACAUAACGUCGAAGUCUGCGCGGUGUGCAUGAAACAAAGGUAAGUGCAGCCGCCAUUGCCGUAGCUUACGUCGAAGUGCAAUUUUUGUUUUGAGAGGUGUUGCGUCGAAUUUUUCAUCAACUCAAAUCGAAAAAAAUUUCAAGUGGUUAAAGAUGGCGAAAGGAAAAGGUGGCGGUGGGGGCGGGGGCGGUGGGGCAAAAGGCGGUGAUAAUAAGAAGGGCGGUGGUGCUGCGCCUGCGUCCGGGAAAUCAGAGGCCAAGGCCGACGCGAAAGGCGGGAAUAAAGGUGGAAAAAAAAGGUGGGAAAAAAUGACCUCAGCUGUCCGCUCUCGAUUCAUCCCCGAAAACUCCCUUGUUAAUUUAUUGAAAAUAUUGAGAAUGAAAUUUUAUUGAUUUAUAUUUGAACGCAAAUAAAAAAAUCUUCAUUUUA